AUGAUGUUCGCCAAGUUGCUAGCGCGGCUAGCGGUCUUUAGCCUUACUUGCUGGCUUCAGAGGAUACACGCCCUGCAGAACGAGUGCGACUUUAAUUUCAACGUCAGUUUGUUAUCAAAUAUAUAUGACAAGUACAAUGGGAAACAGAUAGACGAGAAUGAGGGGAGCACAGACUACUGCACCAAUUUGGAGAGUUUAAACUCUCUCAAAUCCUUCUGGCAAUUAAAAUUGAAAUCUAUAUGCACAGAAGAAACGUCCAUUUUGGAUAAACAAGUAUUUAACAACAUCUGCAGCAAAACGUACAAAGUGCCCCAUGUAACGGUGAGCGGAUUAGAAGUAGGCAAUGAUGUUGUUAAUAUCGAAUUUUUCUGCGCUCAUUUCUUGUAUAGUAACAAUAAAGAGAUUAUAAAAUGUGUACGACAUAAUAUUUUGAACAAUUACCUAGAUUCUUACCACAUAGCUUUUGAUUUAUCCGUUUCGCAAGAAUUGCUAAAGCAGUCGAACCAUGUAGAUGAUGUUUUAAAUUUGAAAAACAUAGAAGGAUUGGCUCUCACUAAAAGGAUAAUAGACGAUUCCGUAUGUAGGAUACAUUCCAGUGUCCAUACCAUUAUGAAUAAGCAUGACUUUGAGUUAUUCAAAGCGUUAGCAGGCUUAUGUACAAAAUUGGGCUUCCAUAAUCAUUUUAUCAUAACGGAUAAUAUACACCCGCUAACUACUCCUAUAUUUAAUGAAAUACCCUAUAGUUUAAAUUCGCUCAAUUUUAAUAUACAAAAUAGUACCAUGUACUACACAAACUAUGAAUACUUUGUGUAUAAUGUUAAGCUAGCCGAUAUAGAUCACGUCCUUGGUUCGUAUAUGUCUCCAUCUGCCCUAGCGAUAAGCAAAAAUAACUCGUACGUAACGUGGUUAGGACUCAACAAGGACAACACUCUGUACAAGAAAAAAUUUACUGAAUUGUAUAAUCUGCUAGACAACAAUAAAUAUAUCGAAAGGAUUGUUCAGUGUUAUAGUAAGUACACAUCCAAGUAUUAUGGAAGUAGUGUAAAAUAUUUUUUACGAUAUAUUCCAGAGAAUAAAAGAGAUGUGAUGCAAAAUAAUCCAAAAAUUUUUGUGUACAUUAUUAAUGGCAUAUGUAAGAAUAUCCCAUCCAUUCACAAAUGUGUUGAGAAAAUUAUUUUCCUUGAUGGAAUAUACGAUUUGUACUUUAAAAAUUUUAUGAUCAAUUUUAUAUACUAUAAUGCGGCUUGUAUUUUUAAUUGCAAUCCGGUGGACUUAGGAAAAAUUAUUAAUGAUGAACAGGUGUGGGAUAUCCUUGACAUCCCAACAAAAAUUGAAAAUUAUUACAAAUAUUAUUAUGAAAUUAAAAAGAAAUUAAAAACGUUCGAUAAAUAUGAUGAAGAACAUUAUAAGAUGCUAAUUAAAAAGUCGAAAGAAGAUCCAGAUGUUUUUUCCAAAAUAGACAUUGAAUUUUCCUGCACGAGGAUGGGAAAGUGGCCAAUUCGUGGAACCACGGGUAGAUGGCUAUCAGAUGUUUUAUGCGAAACUAAGUUGGUUCCUCAGCUGGUAUACAAUUACGAAUAUGCAGAAAAGCAACAGAAGAAGAAUAAGAAAAAGAACGAAAUUGACACCAAUUUGUAUACUUUAAAAGAAAACACGAGAUUAAUUGGCAUGGAAUUUGAAGACCAAGAACCGUUCAGAUGUGCCAUUAGUUACCUCGGGGAUGAAAACAAAAAGACACAUUUACCAGUAUCUGCAACUUUAUUGGUGCACGCAGCUAUUGGGUUCUGUACACUACACGGUUUUAAAAUCGUUUGGCUAGCUGAUUCUGCCUUUGAUAUACACACCAACGUGUAUCUAAGAUAUACCUCCAUCUUGGAACAAGGACAGACCUACUACGAACAGAGCAAUUUUGAAAUUUAUGGACAAACAAGACUUAUAGCACAGUUGGAAUAUAUCGCCUCUGGAAUGAACGUAGAAAAUAAUCUUAUUACAUCGGGUACCUUUAAAAACAGGUACAACAUGAUUAGCUACCCAGGGGCAGACUUGCAAUUUAUGCUCCUCAUGUCAAAGAAAGUCAAAGAAACUAUUUACAAUUUAAAAUUUGAUUGCCAUAGCUGGGAAUACAAAGGAUGCUCAGAAUACUACCCCUUGAUGAAGAAGAAUAAAAAAAUUGCCACAGAUGAACAAUACAAUACAAUUAAGCUGAAUGGAAAAUAUUCCAAAAAAGAAUUAGAAGAAAUGUAUGAAUGUGCAUUUAUGCAUGAUAAAACCUUCCAAGAGUUGAAUAAAAUGUUCCCUAAAGAAUGUACCUUCGGCUCAAGGAUAGGAGAGUGCCAUAAGAAAGUUAGAAAACAUAUUCCUUGCUACAAUGAGCAGUCAUGUAAAUAUUUACUUUAUAUUUAUGAAAAUUUUUACAAGCCACAGAACCAUGUGAAUUUGCUCAAUGAGCAUUUUAUAAAGGUAUCCGAAAAUUUAACCAAAAUGUCUAGACCGUACUACUUACAGUCCAUUUUAGCAUUAGAACAUGAUAUACAAAUUAAGAAGAGCAAAAAAAUGAACACACAGUAUGAAGACAUUGUGUUGUUCAUUUUGAAGAAUUCCAUAUUUUACGUUUCCUGGGUUACAUCCAGUGAGUACUGGAAGAGGGCUGUGUACGUGCAGGACACGAAUACUUCCCUUGCGACGAUUAACCAAGUGGAGGACUACAAAAAUAGGGAGAAAAUUUGCCCAGUUGCCUACGGACAUGAGUUCAUAGGGCACAUGCUCGUGCAGUACAUGAAGUUUCCAAACGAUUUGUGA